CGUUUGUUCUGCGCACUCCUGACAGGUCGUGAGAGAAGAAAGCAGUUCCAGCGGCAGAAGUGUGGUUAACUUCGUGCGCUGCAGUUGGGUGUGUGUCGCGACAGGCGAACAAGGACCGCCAGUGGUGAAUAUCGCGGCUCCCUUAAGCAAUGAAAGCCGCGAUCGCGCCGAAUUGCUAACCAACAUCGCCGCAGAUACCGCUCUCAUCAGCACCAUGGAUCCAGCUCAAAUGCGCGACUACUCAGAAUUCUGCGAACAGCUGAAUGACAUGCGAUUGCGCUUCCAAAAGUGGGACGGUUGCGAGCAAACGGUAGCUAUCUAUUACCUGAUGGUGGGUCUUCCAUACGGGAACGCCAAAUUCCUGCACCAUGCGCUCGACAAGUGUGUAAAAGCCCUGACUACCCCCGAGGCACUGCAGCUGGAGCGCAACGCUAAUGAUCCUGCAUUCAUUUGCAGCUUGCUGUCUGAACGCCCACAGGUCGCCCUCUCAAUACUACAAUCCCACUUGCCGCUGUUAAGACCAGGCAACAAAGAAACCAGCGAUUGUUACCUGAAAACAAUCCGGAAAGUUCUCUCGGACUUUAUCACACCGCCGACGAAAAUUUAUAACGAGUGCGUUGAGAUCAUGUCGUACGUUUUUGUUCAUCCUGCGUUUGGCAAAGAAGAUAAAAAGUCAUUCAAACAUCUUCUCAAACAAGUCGUACAUCGUGUUACACCGGAGAAUUUCGUGCACUCUCCGAUGAACGAGAGCAGCGAUGAGUCGGCGAGUCCGAAACCAGAGGUGAACAAUCGUUUUGUCAGCGACAUGCAAAACAUUCAGAACCGCUUGAAUCGGCGCUCGAAUAGUCUCACACCCGCGCAGACGAGCAGCCAUGAGAAUCUCUCACCAGCGCCUGAUGUGUGGUCGUCGCAGGAAAAUUUGCAUCAGCAGAGCAUGAAACCAAGGAGUUACUCGCUCUCCAGUGAUAAGACGAUCAAUUUGCAUAAUACACUACAGUCUAGCAGUUCGGAGACGCGUCUACAGGACCUGCAGAUGAUGAAUAAUCAGCCGAUUAUGCGCAGUAUCGUCGGUUGGUUGAAAUCGCUACGAUUGCAUAAAUAUAGUUGGGUAUUUAAUAAUUUAACGUAUGAGAAAAUGUUGAAUUUGACUGAUGAUAGUCUCGAUAAUAUUGGGAUUACGAAAGGUGCGCGGCAUAAGCUGCUCUUGAGUAUUUCUAAACUGCGUGAGAGGAGUCUGGUGCUUACGAUGCUGGAGACUGAAGUUAUGAAUGGUUGUGAACUGCCUGCGGCGUUGAGGAAGUUGAAGGGUGUGAUGAUGAGUCCGCUCCUUUUGGUUGCACCGGAUGAGGAUUUGCCAGCGCAGUUUGUCAAGGUUAUGGGGAAAGUUUGUACGCAAUUAUUGAUGUUGCGUCAACCGUCAGAAGAAUCUCUGAAUAAUUUCGUGACACUUUGUGACCGCGCUGAGACCAACGACGCCUUCACGGCCGAACAGAAGCGACGAUUAACUUUGUGGCGCGGACAAGUCAAGAAUUCACCACAAAAUGGCACCACCGCACAGAAUCCCAAUAAUAAUUACAGGCAUCAGAAUCAAUCGUACAACUCGACGUCGUCAACGAACGCAAAAAAUCUUCAAAUUUUCAAUCACAAAAGCUCCUCGUAUCCGAAUGUGCAGAACCAAAGCAUUAUCGGCGGCCAUCGCCAUUCAAUCGGCAGUAUUCAGCUGAAUAGCAUGCUGCCGAACAUUUACAAGAACGACCUGACCUACAUUCAUAAACCCCACGCGCACAAACCCGCCACGAUUCAGUCCCAAGCGUCGAACGCGAAUCUGAACGUUAAUAUCAGCGUUAACACGAGUAUGCCCCCGCCAUCGCUGCCGCUUCCGCAUCAUCAUGUUCGGUUUCAAGAAACCGAGACCGAAAAUGACAAUUUGCGUGCGGAGAUGCGCAGUGAUGCGCCUCUGCGGAGCAAGAAACCGUUGAAGAACGUCGAUAUUGAGAGUAAUCUCGAGUCGCUCUGCUUGCAGAUGAUGGAGCAUGCGCUCGGCCCUUAAGAGCAAUCACGCGAAUCUAUUUUUAUGACAAUUAUAUUUUAUAAGCUGUGGCGUCAAUGAUACGAACGAAGCGCGAGAUUUAUUUUUGUUAAGAAAGCUUGUUAUUUUUGUACGAUGUAAAAUGUCCGAUGUUUGUUUAGCGUGUUUCGACGGCCUAAGUAGUCAGAGAUUUGAUUUGAAUCGCGUGCUAGGUUUGUUUUGUGUUCAAUUUUUAAAUUUUCUGUUGAUCCGUCCAUUGUGAUUUAGUUUGUUCGAAUCGACGACGCGUGGAGCAACGAUACGAUGCGCGGAGGCAGGCGAAGUGAGAUAGAAACGUAAGGUGACGUAAAUAAUGUAAUAUUUUAUAUAUUUAUCUACUGCUGGCAGAUUUGAUUACCUUUUGAGACAAAUGGGCACCGGCGUAUGUGUCAAACGUGCCUAAUUAACAACUUUUAUUACUAGUAGCGUGACAGCUAUUAUGAUUUGAAAAAUCGUUUGUUUAAUAUUAGUAAAUUAAGUGUCUCGAAGAUGAAAUUAUUUUAUAUAUUAUUAUUUGUACUAUUACGCGUCUUAAAUGUGUAAACGAUUGCUUUAAGUAUGAGACUGCAUGCAAUAUUAUAUGUUGAUGUGGAGGGCGAAGAUGACAAUGAUGAUUUGUAUUACACAUUAUUUGUUUCGUUGAAAUUGCGUGGUCGUCGCUUGCGUUCGUGAAUAUUUCGUAAUUUCUGUAAUGCAAAGUUUUCUCUAGUCUUAAUCGAAACAAAAACUUUUAAUGUUUGCUAGUAAAUCGAAACGAACGAAAACCAAUCUGGAACGAUAUGUGAAGUAAUUAAUUGUUCUAUUUUUGUUUGAAUCGCGGUGGUGGAAGGAAAACUUUGUAAACUUGUGACUUGUGGAUGUUUUUGUGAUUUGUCUAUGUGUGAUACAAGUUGCCAUGCGGCUAAAACUGAUGCAAAAAGACUGAUUUCUAAAUAAAAUCUAAAUGAAUUAAAAUUUAAACGAA